AUGGCGACACCAAACUUGUAUAACUUCUCCAUCGAGCAACGGCGCCAGGAAGAAUUCCCACAGCUCAGAAAUGCAGUUUAUGUUGAUCAUGCUGGAGCCACUUUGUGUAGUAAGUCACAAAUUGAUGCAGUUCACCAGGAGCUGACUUCUACCUUGUACGGAAACCCACAUAGCUACAAUGCCUCGAGUAAACUGGCUACAGAUACUGUCGAUCAGAUCAGAUACAGACUGCUCAAGUUCUUUAACACGUCCCAUGAAGAAUACAGCCUUAUAUUCACGGCUGGAUGCACGGCAUCGCUGAAGAUUGUUGCAGAGUGUUUCAGCUUUGGCAAUGAACCUUCUGGAGUGUUCUGUUUCUUGGAAGACAAUCACACAUCCGUACAAGGCAUGAGAGAACUAGUUGCUGAAAGAUCUUCCGGAAUCUUCUGUCUCAAUGAGGAAGAACUUACUACCGCUAUCUCAAAUCAGAUUUCAGGGACGAAAGCUGAGAAUGAAAACCUUCCUAAAGAUAACAAGGCUUCUUCUCCAGUCGAUCCUCCCUCUGUGUCCUCAUCGGCCCGGUCACUGCUGGCAUAUCCUGCCCAGUCAAACUUUUCCGGAAGGAAGUACCCCCUUGACUGGGUCAAUAGAGUCCAGAAAUCUGGCCUAGGUCUUCCUGGCAGAAGGCAACUUACUUCAGAGAAAUGGUUUGUGCUUCUUGAUGCUGCCGCUUUUGUGAGUACCAGUCGACUGAAUCUGUCCGAGGUCAAGCCAGACUUUGUGACACUGUCAUUCUACAAGAUGUUUGGUUACCCCACUGGCUUGGGUGCUCUCCUGGUUCACAAACGGGCCUCUAAUACCUUGUCUAAGAAGUACUUUGGCGGUGGAACUGUGGCAAUGAGUGCUGCCAAAGAUCGAUUUCACGUCUUCAGAGACACCUUGCAUGAAAGAUUUGAAGAUGGAACUCUACCAUUUCUAAGCAUAAUUAGCCUAAGGCUUGGCCUAGAUGCGCUUAACAAAUUAGCAGGUGGCAUGGACAGAAUAUCCCAGCAUGUGUUUGCGGUUGCCCAGUACUUUCAUCAUCAUCUGCAGAGCCUCAAGCAUGGGAAUGGCCACCCCCUGGCCCAGAUUUAUGGAGACGUCCAGUUUAAUGAUCCCAGAGAACAAGGAGGACUUGUGACCUUUAAUCUCCGGAGAGCAGAUGGAAAGUUUAUCGGGUUUGCAGAGGUGGACAAAUUUGCACAGCUGCAUGAUGUACAUCUUCGGACUGGGUGUUUUUGCAACAUUGGGGCCUGCCAGAUUUAUCUGAAUCUGUCAUCAAAGCUCAUCAGAGACAAUUUUGCUGCAGGCCAUGUCUGUGGCGACAACAUGGAUCUCAUUAAUGGACUUCCAACUGGGGCUGUGCGGAUUUCCUUUGGAUACAUGUCGACUAUCUCAGAUGCACGGGUUUGCCUGCGUUUUAUCGCAGACACUUUCCUGGAGCAAGUGACCCCAGUCCCAAUAUUUCCGGACCCUGAGUGGUACAGAAGUGCUUCUGAAGACGGAAAAAGUGACCUAACUGAGGUCAAGAAGGCUGAGAAGGUUACUAAGGCCUUAGAGAAAAAUGUCACUGUUACAGAAAAUGGUGUAACUAAUGGAGAAAACAAAGACGUCAACACUGCAGAUGUUUCAGCAGCCAGCGUGUCCAAGACAUGUUCAGAAACUGUCCGAAAAGUCACAGACAUCUUCUUGUACCCAAUCAAGUCUUGUGGUGCUUUCAGGGUCAGUGAAUGGGCAAUGUCCAGUAAAGGACUGCUGUAUGACCGUGAGUGGGUGCUGGUCAGUGACACAGGAGUGACCAUCGGUCAGAAGAGAGAGCCCAGAAUUUGCCUGCUGAGUCCUUUCAUAGAUCUAGAAAGAAGGAAGCUUGUUUUGUCUUUCCCAGGUGCAUCUCCCUUUGAACUUCCCCUGGACCAGGAAGAUGAGGAUGAUGCUACAGCAAGUCUGUGUACCAAUAAAGUUUGUGGAGACAGAGUAAACACUGUUGACUGCGGAGAGGCUGUCUCUGAUUGGCUGAGUAACAACUUUGAGACAUCGGGGAUUCGAAUGUUGCGCCAGCAGAGUGACGACACCAGACAGAGUAAGCUGAAGGACAAGGAGAACAUUGGUUCUACAGAGUUAGAUAAACCAAAACUGUCAAUGGCAAACGAGUCUCAGCUGGUGCUGCUGAGCCGAGCUAGUGUGAGGGAGCUGCAGAAGAAGAUGGUUGAGAUCAUAGAUGUGAAUGAUACUGAAGAUACCAAUGUGUCUACGGCUCCAGCAGACAUCUCCGAGGAUAAAUUAGUACUUCGCUUCCGUGGCAACCUGGUGAUAGAUGGUGGUAAAUCCUUUGAAGAGGAGGAAUGGUCUUCUAUCCAAGUGGGACAGAACACUGUUGUGUGCCAGGGGGCCUGUUCUAGAUGUCAGAUGAUCUGCAUGGAUCAGGAGACUGGACAGAAGAGCAGAGAGCCUCUUAGGACCUUGGGAGUUUGGCGAGGCAAAAAGGUUCCUUUUGGUGUUCACGCCAGAAUGCUGCCUCCAACCGAUGGAUCCAGGCAGUUCCUACGUGUCGGAGAUAUUGUCCUUGUCAAACAGUAA